AUGAGGUUGUUCAGCCGGAGCCUGUGCGGUGAGGCCCUGGAAUGGUUCACAUCACACGAGACUCGACAAUGGCCGAGUUGGAGCGCACUGGCUAAGGAUUUCAUCGACAGAUUCGCAUACAACGUCGAGAUAGUCCUUGAUUGGUACUCCUUGGAGAAUAUGAAGCAGAAACCCACAGAAAGCUAUCGAGAGUUCGCUUACAGAUGGAGAAAAGAGGCAGCAAGGGUGAGGCCUCCGAUGACGGAGAAGGAGAUUGUGGAGGUGUUCGUACGGGUGCAGGAGCCCGAGUAUUAUGACAGAGUCAUCUUAUUAAUCGGCGCCAAGUUCGCCGAGAUAGUCAAAGUGGGUGAGACUAUCGAAGAUGGCCUGAAGUCGGGAAAGAUAGCCCGAGUGUCUGCAUCACCUGGAUCUUUCGGACUUGUGAGGAAGAAGAGAGAGGAGGUUGCUGCUAUCUCAUACGGGGGAAGAAAGGUCCCCAGAAAUUUACCACGUCCCCAAGCCCGCUCCAACCCUCCAUCAAAGCCUCAUCAAACCUACCGUCCACAAUCAAAUCAUUCCGGCCAUUACAAUGUUGCCCCCACUUAUCCAGAUGCCCAUAUUUUGUCGUAUCAGGAUCCACCCCAAAUUCCCCAAAAUUUUCCUUCCAUAUAUCCAAACUACCCCCAAGCUUAUCAAGUCCCUCCCCAUUACCAGAAUGUCGCUCCCAGCUGCGCUAAUGUACAGCCAAGCUAUCGAGCACCAACCCAAGCUCCACGACCAAAUGCCCGCAGUUACCAACAAGUCCCUCCCCCUCAGCAGAGCGGGUAUGAUCCCCCUCGCCCCAGGUUUGAGAAGAAGCCCUCCAGAAGCUUCACCGCGUUGGCUGAAAGCAGAACCAAGUUGUUCGAAAGAUUGUCCGCGGCCGGAUACAUCCACCCUGUGGGGCCCAAGCCCGUGGAUGUCAAUUCCAGAUUCUACAGACCGGAGCAGAGAUGUGCUUAUCAUUCCAACAGUGUUGGACAUAAUACAGAAGAUUGUAUUAAUCUCAAGCACAAGAUCCAAGACUUGAUCGACCAGGAAGUGGUCUCCCUUCAGCCUGCGGCGCCAAACGUCAACACGAAUCCGUUGCCAAAUCAUGGGGGUGGGAACAUCAACAUGAUAGAAAUUGACGAAGAUCAGCGUGAAACAAAGAGAAUUACUCCUGUUGUUCAGGAUGACUUGGAAAAGGCUGUCGCUUCGUUAAGCGUCAGGGAAAAGGGAGAGUUCGUCAUUCUGACACCUGCAAAGGCUGUUGCUUUGGUGCCCUCAAAGACUCUCGCCAAACCCAAGUUUGUGAUAGAAACGGCCGCGGCUCAAGGCAUGAAUAGAUCUGGCAGAUGUUACAUUCCUGACGAGCUUGCUCUCGGAGGACAAAGGAAAGAUCACGCCAAGAGACCGAUCAGUGAAGCAGAAGCCGAGGAAUUCUGGAGGAGAAUGCAGCCUAAAGAUUACUCCAUCGUCAAGCACUUGGAGAAGACUCCAGCCCAGAUUUCUGUGUGGGCCCUAUUGAUGAGCUCCUGGUCCCACAGACAGGCUUUGAUGAAAGCUCUGGAUGACACAUAUGUGCCUUCGGGUACGAGCAGCGACAAUGUAGCUGCUAUGAUUCACCAAGUCAUUCGGGGACACCGCAUCAGUUUCUGCGAUGAUGAAUUGCCGGCCGAAGGGAGGGCCCAUAACAAAGCUCUACACAUCACCGUGAUAUCCCGCGGAAAGGUCAUCAACCGUGUUUUGGUAGACGACGGAUCUGGUUUGAACAUAUGCCCCCUGUCCACAUUGAAGCAGCUGAGGUUUGACCUCGGAAAGUUGGAGCAAAACCAGGUCAAUGUGAGAGCAUUCGACGGUGUGCAGAGAGACACGUUGGGAGCGGUAAACUUGACCAUCCAAAUGGGCCCCGCGGAGUUCGAGGCAAAGUUCCAGGUGUUGGAUAUCGACACCAGCUAUAACCUCCUUUUGGGAAGGCCAUUCAUUCACAUGGCUGGAGCCGUCCCCUCCACUCUCCACCAAGUAAUGAAACUAGUAUGGAAAAAUGAAGAACUAGUUAUUCACGGUGAAAGGAGCCACUCAGGCAAGCAGGUGCCUGUCUUGGACGAAACGCCGCAAAGUUCGGAUUUCUACACGGUGGAGCUAGUAAAUGCCACCGAUGAGGGCUUGGUCCCGCAGACUCCCAUGCCGGCCGUGUACAGGAUGAUCGGGAUGGUAUUGCUGCAGAGCGGAUUCGAACCAGAUGAUGAUGUGAAGAUGAAGAGGAAAAGGGAUCAAGGGUUGACUAAGCCGAUCCCGCAUCUCUAUCAAUCCUUUCCAGUCUUGGAGCAUGCCGAGCCUGAAGACAAUGGGGAAGGAAUCUUUGACCUUUUCGAGGAGAUUCACGCUGUUAUCAAGGAGGAGGUCGAGCCAGUUGGCAUUCGUGAUGCGGAACCAGGGGAGAUACUGCAGAAUUGGACUUCCACGCCAAUCCUGAUGUCCCGGACUCUUUGUAACGCAAAUGACGACGAGGUCGACGAUCACGACGAAGAAAGUGGGGAACCGGACUAUGUGGCAGAGGAAUUUCGACAGUUCGAGAAUCAACAUAAACCGAAUCUGGAGGAAACAGAGACGGUGAAUUUGGGAGAUUCAGAAUCUUUCAAAGAGGUUAAGAUCAGCAUUCAUCUGAAUGAAACUCAGAAGGAGAGCCUGGUUCGGCUGCUUGCCGAAUACAGUGAUGUGUUUGUUUGGGAAGUCGGUGACAUGCAGGGGUUGAGUACUGAUGUCGUGUCUCAUAAGCUGCCUAUCAACCCAGGGUUCGAGCCGGUAAAACAAAAGACUCAGAAAUUCAAGCCUGAAUUGAGUUUGAAGAUCAAGGAAGAAAUCACCAAGCAGAUAGAGUCUCGAUUGGUAGAAGUAACACGAUAUCAAACCUGGUUGGCCAAUGUCGUUCCGGUCGCCAAGAAAGAUGGAAAAAUCAGGAUUUGUGUUGAUUACAGAGAUCUCAACAAGUCAUUUGUGGAUUGUUACGCAGGGUAUCACCAAAUUUUGAUGGAUGAAGAAGACGCAGAAAAAACAGCAUUCAUCACACCUUGGGGUGUGUAUCACUACAGGGUAAUGCCGUUCGGCCUCAAGAACGCCGGUGCUACUUACAUGAGAGCCAUGACGACUAUUUUCCAUGACAUGAUUCACAAGGAAUUUGAAGUGUACGUGGACGACGUCAUAAUCAAAUCCCGCGAGAAUUCGGAUCAUGUGACACACCUGAGGAAAUUCUUUGAACGUUUGCGUCAGUACAACUUGAAGCUAAAUCCCGCCAAAUGUGCUUUUGGAGUCCCAGCUGGGAAGUUGUUGGGGUUUAUAGUCAGCAGAAGAGGUAUUGAGCUCGACCCUGCCAAGAUCAAAGCAAUUCAAGAGUUACCUCCGCCGAAGACGAGAAGAGAGGUGAUGAGUUUCUUGGGAAGGUUAAACUAUAUCAGCCGGUUUAUAGCACAAUCGACAGUGGUAUGUGAGCCUAUUUUCAAGUUGCUGAAGAAAGACGCCCCGACUAAGUGGACUGAGGAGUGCCAGACCGCUUUCGACGCUAUCAAGAGCUAUUUGUCUAACCCACCAGUAUUGGUUCCUCCGCGAGAAGGGAGUCCUUUGUUGCUGUAUUUGUCUGUUUCGGAUAGUGCCUUUGGAUGUGUACUUGGUGAACACGACGAGACAGGAAAGAGAGAAAGGGCUAUCUACUACAUAAGCAAGAAAUUUACUCCGUACGAGUCUCGCUACACUUUGCUGGAGAGAACGUGGUGUGCUCUGACGUGGCUUGCCCAGAAAUUGAGACACUAUUUGUCUUCAUAUACCACAUAUCUCAUCUCCAGAAUGGAUCCAUUGAAGUACAUUUCCAGAAAGCGAUGCCGACCGGAAAGUUAG